AUGCCGUUUUUAGAUUGUAACCUGUCGCAGAGAAGGACAUUCGGGCCUCCACCACCUCCCCCUAAGCCAAUGCCGAGCACUUCGGGACGAGUUACAAGGUCCCAAGCUCGGCAAAAGACUGAAUCAAAUCCAAACGCACAAACAAAAUCCUUUGCACCAAGUAAUGCCGCUUUUAAACCUUCUCUCUUCUUCAAAACUGAAGUUCCUACCCUAGCACCUAUAAACAAAAAAAAAGCCAGCAAAUCAAAAUCUAACAUAACUUUUGAACCUAAAGAGACCAAGACCACCCGGAGUACAAGAGCACGACCAGUCGCAAACAAACCACUGAUAGAUAACAAGAAAAAGCUAACUGAAAAAACCAAAGCUAACCCAGUAAAACCACCGCUAAAACAACAGAUGUUCCAAAGCAGUUCAUCUAGCAGUGAUAUGGAACAGCCCAGUAAACAAAGUAAGCCAAGCCAACGAAAAUCAAUUACUAAAACUCAGGAAACAGUGCCAAUGGCACAAGCGUCCACCUCCCAGGAUUCAGCCUGCGACUUACAAGAUAAUGCAUCUAUGUCAUCCCAAGACUCGCAAGUGUCAUCCCAAGACUCGCAAGAUGCCGUAAUGUCCCAAGCAAUGUCAUCACAAGACGAACUAAGUACUCCCAGAAACAAGGUCCCUAAGAGCGAGUCUAGUUCGGAAGAGAAGCUUCGUUCUCCAAAGGCGGUUGAUAUGCCGCUGACGCCGGAACAGAUUGCAGAGGCGGUUAAGAAUAUCAGUCCAUGCGUCACAAUGUCGCGAGGAAAGGAUAAUGCUAGGAAAGAGAUGAAGAAAAAACUGGAAGAAGGACUGUUGGAUGAGGAUAACAGCAACAUGGAAAGCGUGAACCACUUCCGUCGGCAGCUGAACUCUGAGAUGGUCCGCAUUACUGCCAUGUGCGAGACCUGGGACCAGAUCUUUGCUCAGACCGUACUGCCGGAGCCUAUCCAGGAGUUAGUGCUGACAGCAGUGGGGCAGGCGCGGCUGCUGAUGUCGCAGAAGUUGCAGCAGUUCGCGGGGCUGCUGGAGACUUGCGCGCGGCCCACGCCGGGGGCGGCGCCCGUCACCCCGGCCGACCUGCACGGCUUCUGGGACAUGGUGUUCAUGCAGGUGGAGAACGUAGACAUGUGCUUCAAGAGCCUCGAAGAGUUGCGGCUGCGGGACUGGAUCGAGGAGCAGAAGCCAGUGGCCAAGAGAGUGGUGGCCAAGCCGGCGGCCAAGAAAGUAGUGGCCAAGCCCACCGGAGGGCCCAGCCGGCUCAGGGAGAUGAUUGCUGCCGCAAGAAAAGCAAAGAAAGACCAAGAAUCUCAAUCCGAAAACUCUGAAUCGGAGAAGUCGGAGCCAACAGCGUCUCCUGAAACCAAAACGUUUGAGGCCGGUUUCUUCAGAAUCAGCUCUCCGAUGAAGCUAGGGUCUCCGGCCCCGGGCACACCCAACAACAAGGCUAGUCUGCUGAAAACUGUACUGUCCAGUGAAGCUAAGAAGUCCGUGUCUAAGAACUCUAUGUCUUUCGCCAUGCUGCGAGCAUCGCUGAUGAGCAAGAUCUUGGACAUCGAAGGCGUGUCUCCUCUCAUGCAAACUCCAACCAUCACGGUGAACCUGGACGCGACCCCGGCGCGCAGCAUCCUCAAGCAGAACCCGGUCAGCAACAAGAAACCAGACAAGCUCAAGACCGAACCGUCCAGCCCCACGUCUUACACCAGCUGUGACAAGACCGAGGCAGAGGACCCGGGAGUAGCGCCGUUGCCGGCCGAUGACAAGGAGAAUACGGCUACGACGAAACAAACUUCGGCAAGAAAGUCUAGCUGUGACAAGACCGAGGCAGAGGACCCGGGAGUAGCGCCGCUGCCGGCCGAUGACAAGGAGAAUACGGCUACGACGAAACAAACAUCGGCAAGAAAGUCUAGCUGUGACAAGACCGAGGCAGAGGACCCGGGAGUAGCGCCGCUGCCGGCCGAUGACAAGGAGAAUACGGCUACGACGAAACAAACAUCGGCAAGAAAGUCUAGCUGUGACAAGACCGAGGCAGUGGACCCGGGAGUAGCGCCGUUGCCGGCCGAUGACAAGGAGAAUACGGCUACGACGAAACAAACAUCGGCAAGAAAGUCUAGGCUGUCUAGACAAAACGCGGAGGAACAGUCCAGCCCGGUCACGACCCGCAGCCGACGCAAGAGCGCACAAACCCCCCAAGAAGAGACCGAGAUACAAACCAAACGCGGCACCAGGAAGAGCGCUCAAACCCCCCAAGAAGAGACCGAGGUACAACCGAAACCAGAGACCGAGGUACAACCGAAACGUAGCACAAGGAAGAGCGCUCAAACCCCCAAAGAAGAGACCGAGGUACAACCGAAACGUAGAAUAAGGAAGAGCGCUCAAACCCCCCUAGCAGAGACCGAGGUACAACCGAAACGUAGCACAAGGAAGAGCGCUCAAACCCCCCUAGCAGAGACCGAGGUACAACCGAAACGUAGCACAAGGAAGAGCGCUCAAACCCUCCUAGCAGAGACCGAGGUACAACCGAAACGUAGCACAAGGAAGAGCGCUCAAACCCUCCUAGCAGAGACCGAGGUACAGCCGAAACGUAGGACGAGGAAGAGCGCACAAACCCCUUUAGUAGAGUCCGACACCAAUGUGGAGAAAAAACGCUCUACAAGGAAGAAAGAUGCGCAGGCGCAGGAAACAGACGCCUAA